GUUAGUUAGUCAGUGAGCCCGCACACACAGCCCGUCUGUCGGUCUGCCUGUCUGUCUGUACGGACACCGCAGACAGUUAGUCAGUGAUCCCGCACACACAGGCCCGUCUGUCUGUCUGCCUGCCUGUCUGUCUGUCUGUACGGACACCGCAGACAGUCAGUCAGUGAGCCCGCACUCAGUCAGCAGACACAGCACGGCCAUGAGCACGGCGUUUUCCUGACGCUCUCUACUCACAUCCAGAGAGCAUCUGCAGCUCCAAUCUGUGUGAUCUGUCCAUUCAGAGCAGAGGAGGAAGAGGAGGAGGAGGAGAGGAAGCACUGCAGCAGACAUGCCGGGCCUGCUCCACAUCACGCUGACCGCUCUCCUGGCCAGCUGCGAUGCCUUCAGAUUGGGUUCGUCCCAGCGUGUCAUCCCCCUCAAUCCUCCGGCGGCCCGUCUAUUCCAGGAUGAAGGCCCAGCCCAGCCACACUUCAUCCAGGAAUUAGUCAGAACCAAACGCCACUCGGCCCACGAGUUAGUGCGAGCCCAGCCUCAUUUGGUUCACGACAUGGGCUGGCCAGAGAUACAUGAAACAUCCCGUUCCCAGGCCAAGAUGGACUCCGCUAACUCCUCUCAGUUAAACCCACUGCCGUCUGCCAGCCAGGAUGUAGCCAGGACCCGCCCUACCGUUGACGAUAACCUGGAUGUGGAAGACGAGAUGGAGCGUAUGGUUCAUCUGGUGGUUCCUCAGGAUGCAGAAAGCUACAGGGGACGCCCAGACUCCAGCAACCCAGAGAAGGAGCUCCUCGGGGGGCCAGGAGCUGGCGAUGCCUCCCUGGAGGCCUCGGGCUUCUAUGGAACAGACAUGGAGGACAGAGAUAGGGGAGAGGAGGGAGGAGAAGACCGAGAGAGGAGAGGUGGAGAGGACGAGUGGGAGAGAGACAUGGGGGAGGACGGAGAGAGGAGAGGGGGAAACGCCAGAGCAGAGGAAGAGGAGAGAGGAGGAACAGACGACGCAGAUGUCCAUGUAGUGGAUGCCAACCACACAAGCCCAGAUCUGGAUGCUCUGAUUGGCUACAGUCCAUCUUCCUACCCCUCUAGCUCCCCCCCAGCUGAGGUGCAUGAUUCUGGGCUACAGGAGCAUCAUGCUUCCCCAGUCCUGGAGGUGGGUCCUUUAGAGAGAGAGCUGUGGGAGGAAAAUGGUCAUUCCAGCGGCUAUGGACUCCUUCACUCCUCCAUCACUACAACUAGUGCUACACCUACUGCUGCGUCUGCUUCGACUGCUGCCGCUGCCGCCGCCGCUGCUGCUGGAGACGCUGCAGUAACGGCCACCCAUGAGACUGACACAGGCACCGACUUUGGGCUGCUGGGAAGUUACACAAAAGAUGAGACAGAAGAUGAAGAGACAGAGCGGGAGGAGGAAGGGGAGGAAGAAACGGGCCUGGCACACAAGGUGUUUACCCAGAAUCCCACUGUAGCAGAGGUCGGCGUGGCUCCAAGCAGAGAGCCCCUGCAGCCCAGCGUGGAGGAAGAGGAAGAACAGGAGAUAAAAGGGGGUGGACUGCAAGACAGAAGUGAAGAGGUGGAGAAAGAGAAAUGGAGAAAGAUGGAGGAGGAGGAUACAAGAGUCCGACACAUCGUCCCGCUCACCACAGAUCCCUCCCCCACCGUCGGCUUCACCGACCCGUCCUGGGAUUGGCUGGGGAAGACCAGGCCCCUGCAGACCCUGGGGUCAGAAGUCAAGGGAGGGGGGGUUACAGAGGUCUUCUUACCGGAUUUUGAUGAGAUGGAGGAGGCACAGCAGGUGGUGUGUGUCGACUGGAGCGAGCUGGCUGGACGUGGAUACGUCAUCCUCAACAUGACGGAAAACUUGAACUGUGAGGAGUUUCGUGUGGACCAGGGCGUGCGGUUGUUGAAAGUCAUGGAGAGAGUGUUCGCUCGAAGAAUGAACAGCCCCGAGGGAUCAUGGGUACUCUACCUGAGCAAGCCUACACACCACCAACACCAGCUGCUGAUGAAUGUGGCUUCUGAGCACGGAGUGAUUGCUGCCAAAGAUGUGUUGGACAUGCUGGGAGAGAUCAGGAGAAGUUUGAAUAAGGUGGGCAUCCAGAACUACAGUUCGGCCAGCAGUUGCCAGUCUCGUCCCAGUCAAACACGCAGCGACUACGGCAAGCUGUUUGUGGUUCUGGUGAUUAUCGGCUCCGUCUGCAUGGUCAUCAUCACAUCUGGAUUAAUAUACAUCUGCUGGCAAAGACGACUGCCUGCAACCAAGACUACGUUCCGCAAUGAAGAACUUCACUUUGUGGAGAACGGUUGCCAUGAUAACCCCAUGCUGGACGUGACCAAUGACAACCAGCCUGAGAUGCAGGAGAAGAAGCAGAGCACCAAUGGGCUCGUGGCUGGAGGAGAAGGAGGCGGGGAGGAGGGCAGUCGCUGGCAGGUGUUUGUCAAUCAAGCAGCCACUGAGGAGGAAGAAGAGGAGCAGGACACACAUCUCUGAUGGAUGAAGAGAAAGAGGAGACGCAUCAUGAAGGUCUUUGAUAGACAGAUGAUAAGUGAAACUGAGAGGAAAGAAGAAGAAGAUGACGGUACAGAAAACAGAAUAGGAGGAAGAAGAGAACAAAGCCAGAAGGGAGAGAAAAGAAAACAUAGUUGAUGGGAGUUAAAAGGUAUGAAGCCUGAAGAGUAAUAGAUGUGAUGUCCGGUCAGAGUUGAGGCUCGGAGGAGGUGAGCAGGAGGAGUCACUGACAUCGCCAUGGAUAUCAGACACUGGGGUUUUAUGUUUCAGGGUCUGUAUGCUUCAAAUUUGAAUUCAUGGAAUCACAAUAAUCUUGCUGAUCUCUUAACGUCCACUCUUUGAACCAAGUUGGAAUUCUGAUUGUUAAGUGUGCCUUAUACGUUUAGCUUCCUGCACUGUGUCUGCACAAGACACAAAAUAAAAAAUGAAACUAGAAGAGGCGCAGACCUCUCUCGAGCCUGAAUGCCCUAUCUCGCAAUGUUAACGUGAGUAAGAAAAAUAAUUUGUGUAUCCACCCGUGAUUUGUAUCCACUACAGAAUGUACUGGCUUCUUCCUCGGCCCAUGCUACACUCUUCCACCAAGUUUCCCAACAAUCGGGCCAGUACAACAGCACACAGUACAACAAAGCGACGAACAAACAGAGCCAAAAACAUAAUCUCUUUGUCAAAGGUAACUUGCAAACAAUAUUGUACUGUAAAGCACCUUUUCCCACCUUUUACUAUUUGAAUGUAAAACGUCUUUUUUAAAGUCUGAAUUUAACAUUAGGAGCGGUUGCCAUUUUAUUUCACAUUUAGUCAAAUUAUUUGACAAAAUAGCUCCUACUGGUUACAUGAAACUAAAACUAAACUAAAAUAAUAGCAAACAGUCCCCAGGCUGAAAGGAGGUGCAAGGCAUUGUUUACUUUGAUUACCAGUGAUGGAAUGUAACUUAGUACAUUUAUUUAAAUAUUCUACCUAGGUACAACUUUGUGGUACUUCAAUUUUUCUGCUACUUUCUACUUCUUACUCCACUACACUUCUCUGAUAGCUAUAAUUACUGUAUAAAUUAAUUUUUUGCAAACAAAACAUGAAAAAUAAUGCUGUAUUAUUGAUGAAACUACCCAACAGUAUGUAAAGUAGUAUUUCCACCAUCUAAAAAACUAUUUACACAUUAAUGCAUCUAAAUGAAUAAUCCAAAAACAUAACACUUUCACCGGCCCGUUUUCACUGGCCCGUUACUGCAAUUACUUUUGAUACUUUAAAGUACAUUUUCUACCAAUACUCAUUUCCUUUCACUUAAGUAAUAUUUUGAAUGUAAGAUUUUACUUCUAAUGGAGUAUUUUGACAGUGUAGUAUUGUUCAUUGUACUUAAGUACAAGAUGUGACUACUUCUUCCACCACUGUUGAUUACACAUAAGCCUUGUUGGUAGAAGCCACAGCCAAGUAUGGCUGACAGCAGCAAGACAUUCAUGAAGUCUAAUCAAGAUUGUCCUGAAAGGUUCCACAGCUUCAGAGAUGUUCACUGGUUCCACCCCGAUGUCUGACUCCAGAGGCAACAGCGACUCCUCCUAGCUCCUCCUCCAAAUCACCCAACAGGAAGUACAGCCUGUAGCAACUUUGAAAGUAAGGUUUUGGCACUUUAUUGAAUCCUCUAGGAAAUAGCGACUAUCAUCAUUGAAAUGCUGCAUCGUGUUAAAUGUAUUGCAUAUACAGUGACUGAAAUCUCUCUAUUUUACUUAUAGGAAUGGUUGUAACUGAUGUUUACUGUCACUCUACAACCAUGUCAUAUGGUUGCUAUACUUAGCCUAAUAUGCUCUUUUUUUUUUCAAUAGCGUUGGAAUGACUGCUGUACGCUUCGGGCUAACUCUUGAGGCGAUGACACAUGGGCAACAUUUAGAGGUCCAAAGCAUGAAAAAAAGAACUAGUUACAGUGUCGAAGUCGAGUCAAACCUCGAGUCCAAGUCGAGCCCCAAGUCUUUAAUGUUUUAAUGGUAAAUGUUUUAAGUCUAAACUAGAGAUGGCCCGAUACCAU